UUCUCCUAAGCAAGUUGAGCUGCAUCAGGCCCUGAAUGUUAAAAUGGCGGCGCUUUAUUUUCGCCUACACCACUAAUCAAGUUGAGCUUCUCUCAUUCCAUUCUCUAAUCCCCAAUCUCCGACUGCAAACCUAAAACCCAUGGCCUUGUUUCGCAGGCUGCUCCCUCUCUGCUCUUCCAUCAACAGGGCGAGCUUUUGCUCAUCUGGAGCUCUACAAGGUUUUCGGAGUUAUGGAGCCAUUGCUACACCCGAGCCAACCGUGUUGAAAUUUGAGAAUGGAGAGACUGCUGAUGAUGAGAUAGCAAAGAUUCGGCGGGAAUUUGAUGCCGCAAAGCAGAGUUUCCUCAAGAUUCCACAGGCACUUAAAGAAUUGCCGAAGAUGAAUCCAGAAGGGAUAUAUGUAAAUAAAAACCUGAGGUUGGACAGUAUUCAAGUUUAUGGAUUUGACUAUGACUACACGCUGGCGCAUUACUCGGCAGAUUUACAGAACUUGAUAUAUGAUCUUGCUAAGGAGCAUAUGGUCAAUGAGUUCCGGUAUCCUGAGGUUUGCAUGGAAUUUAAGUACGAUCCUACAUUUCCCAUUAGAGGACUGUGCUAUGACAAAUUGAAAGGGUGUCUCUUGAAGCUGGACUUUUUUGGGUCAAUUGAGCCAGAUGGAUGCUACUAUGGUCGUCGAAAGCUUAGUAGGAAGGAAAUAGAUGAGAUAUAUGGCACAAGGCGUAUCGGUCGUGAUCAAGCAGGAAGCCUUGUUGGGUUGAUGGAUUUCUUCUGCUUUAGUGAGGCAUGCCUGAUUGCAGACAUCGUACAAUAUUUUGUGGAUGCUAAGCUGGAAUUUGAUGCUUGCUACAUCUAUCAAGAUGUAAAUCGUGCGAUUCAGCAUGUUCACCGUACGGGCCUUGUUCAUAGAGGAAUUCUUUCUGAUCCCCGUAAAUAUCUUGUUAAAAAUGACCAGCUGUUACACUUUCUGAAGAUGCUCAGGGAAAAAGGAAAGAAACUUUUCUUGCUGACUAACUCUCCAUAUUACUUUGUGGAUGGAGGAAUGCGUUUUUUGUUGGAGGAUUCUUUGGGUUGUAAUGACUCUUGGAGGGAACUUUUUGACGUUGUGAUUGCCAAAGCCAAUAAGCCAGAUUUCUACACAUCUGAGCAUCCAUUCCGUUGUUAUGAUGCAGAGAAGGAUAAUUUAGCUUUCAUGAAGGUGGAUGCGUUCCUUCCUAAUAAAAUUUAUUACCAUGGAUGCCUGAAAUCAUUCCUUCAAAUUACUAAGUGGAAGGGACCAGAGGUGAUAUACUUUGGUGAUCAUCUCUUUAGCGACCUAAGGGGACCAUCAAAAGCUGGUUGGCGCACUGCUGCUAUAAUCCAUGAACUAGAAAAUGAAAUACGUAUACAAAAUGAGGAUGCUUACCGCGUGGAGCAGGCAAAAUUUCAUAUAUUCCAAGAAUUGCUUGGUAGACUGCAUGCAACGGUAGCUAAUAGUCAGAAAAGUGAGGACAAGUUACUGUUGGAGGAGCUAAAUGAGUGCAGGCGUAAGGCAAGCUACAAGAUGAAGAGAAUGUUCAAUAGCUCUUUCGGAGCCACCUUCCUUACGGAUAAAGGUCAAGAAUCUGCUUUCGCGUAUCAUAUUCAUCAAUAUGCAGAUGUCUAUACCAGUAAGCCAGAGAAUUUUUUGCUCUAUCCACCUGAAGCAUGGCUUCAUGCACCCUACGAUAUUAAGAUUAUGCCACAUCAUGUGAAGGUUUCAUCCAUCUUGUUCAAGACUUGAUAUAUAUCAUCUUACGACAUGGUCAGGAAUGAGGUAUCAUGCAGAUACAUGCUUUGUGUUCAUUGCGGUAUGCUGGGUAUGCUCAAAUACCAGAGUUCGGACACAAUUUUUGUACCAUUUGUAAGAAUAUGCACAAGAACUUAAGCUGCAAGUUCUUCAUAUUGAAGCCAAAAUGCAAAUUCCAUUCUUUUGA